AUGAGUCAUUUUCUGAGGAGGGUUCUGAUUGCAAACCGGAACGGACAUCGGAUUCUGGCCAUAGCUGCCGUUGGUUCGGCUUUUUUAUGCGCCAAAGGGAACGACAGUUUUAAUUCUUCGUUCUCGGUGUCGAUACCUGCACCAUGGGGUGAAUCUCUAUCACUGCCGAGGCAAACACUUGACCUAGGACUUGUUCCAUUAUUUUCUGUUGCAAAUAGUUCGGGUUCUUCGGCAGACAUAGGGAAGGAUGUGUCUGGGUUCUCUGCGGCUGAAGAGAGCUCGAAGCCAUGUUCUGGAUGUUCGGGCAAGGAUAUGAUUGCAAAGGCUGCUGCAAAGGUCGAUUUGAGCCUUGUAGGUAUUUAUGGGGUUGGUGUUGGAAAGGGUAUAGGCUCUGGAACUAUAAUCAAUGAGGAUGGCACGAUCCUAACAUGUGCUCAUGCUGUGGUUGAUUUUCAUGGGCUGAGAGCUUCAUCAAAGGGGAAGAUUGGUGUAACUUUGCAAGAUGGUAGGACAUUUGAGGGUACUGUGGUGAAUGCAGAUCUACAGUCUGAUGUUGCUAUUGUGAAGAUCAAUUCGAAAACCCCUCUUCCAACAGUAAAAUUGGGUACUUCAAGUAGACUUCAACCGGGGGAUUGGGUGAGAGCAGUUGGUUGUCCACUUUCACUUCAGAACACCGUCACAGCUGGUAUUGUAAGUUGUGUCGAUCGGAAAAGUAGUGUUGGUAUUGGUGGACUGCGGAGGGAGUACCUACAGACAGAUUGUGCAAUUAACCCAGGGAAUUCUGGCGGACCUCUAGUAAAUAUGGAUGGAGAAGUUAUUGGUGUUAAUAUUAUGAAAGUAGUUGCUGCAGAUGGAUUGAGUUUUGCUGUACCAAUCGACUCAAUUGCCAAAAUAAUGGAUCACUUCAAGAAAAAUGGGAGGGUUGUUCGGCCUUGGCUUGGACUGAAGAUGAUUGACCUAAAUGAUAUAUAGCUGAAAGAAAGAGAUAGUUCAUUCCCAAGUUUAAAAAGAGGAAUUCUCGUACCUAUGGUAACUCCUGGGUCACCUGCUGAGCGAGCUGGGUUUCGUCCUGGUGAUGUUGUUAUCGAAUUUGAUGGAAAACCUGUUGCCAUGAACUUGAUGAUCACUGAAAUAAUGGGACAUAGACUUGGAGUACCACUCACUGAAGGUAGUUGGUCACUUUAA